AUGAAGCAGUUUCAAGGCGAUGUCAGCCAUGGCAUGGACCCAUUUGAUGGAGCGCCGAGGCAUCUCAACAAGCCCAUUACAUCUGCAGAAGUGAUUACCAGCUUUAAGAAACUCAACAACGGCAGAGCAGUGGGCCCCGAUCUGGUCCCGGCGGAGCUGCUCAAGUAUGGAGGGGAUGCUCUGGCGCCAAUAUUUGCCACGAUCUUGAAUGGAAUGUUUGAGAUGCACGAGCACAUCGACCUGGGAAAGGGGACAUUAUUCCCGCUCCAGAAACCCGGCAAUCCAGUUGGACCUCCGAGUAACCUUCGACCAAUUGUCCUGCUGACGGCACUGCGCAAAGCCCUCUCCAUCAUUACUCUUCAGAGAAUAUCAUCACAAGUAGAACAAUAUCUCUCUUCAACGCACAGCGGUUUCCGCAGAGGCUGGUCAACGGCGGAUGUGGUCUGGAGCCACCGUUGGUAUGCUGCAGCCUGUCAGAAAUACAAGAAGCAAUUGGUGGUCCUCGGCAUUGAUAUGUCAAAAGCAUUUGACUGCAUCCGCAGGGGCCGUCUACUGGCAGUUCUCAAUUCCUUCCUGAAUGAGGACGACAUCCGUCUCAUCCGUGUCCUACUAGCCAACACGUCCUUCUGUGCAGCUUUGCGGGAUGUAAGUAGCCCUGCUACUGCCAGGGCUCGGCCAUCAUCGGAACUCGGCUUGCCAUUUGAAAUUGCGUACGCCGACGACGCGGAUUUCAUCAGCACAGAGUCUGGCUGGUUGGGUGACCUGGAGCCGGUUAUCGGUGACGUCCUCAACGGAUGGGCUCUGAAGGUAAACCCGGAUAAAACUGAAAUUACCGUUCUGGGCCGAUCCCUGGACAGGGUGGCGGAACAGUGGCGCACCACCAAGAAGCUCGGCUCACUCCUCGGGGAUAGCGAGGAUGUCUCUCGGAGGAAACAACUAGCCGCUGCAGCGUUUCGAUCGCUCUGGUCACUAUGGAGCCGGCGCAGUACCGUUGGAGAAGAACUGAGACUUCGUCUCUACAAUGCGUUUGUACUACCAGUGCUAGUAUACAACGCCAGCACAUGGGGACUCACGGCAGCUGCCGAGGGUGGACUCGACGCAUUCCACCGCGGCCAGCUCCGUUCACUGAUCGGCUUUGUCUGGCCGCAGAAGAUCGCAACAACAGCACUCUACGACAGGUGCAAGGCAGAGCCGAUCAGCCGGAUCAUCACCAGAGCUCGGUGGAGGCUAUUUGGCCAUAUCCUUCGACUUCCCAGUGAUGCCCCCGCCGUCCUAAGCAUGGUCAGCUACUUUCAAUGUGAUGACCACAAGUGGAGAGGCCGCCCUCGCAUCACCCUGCCGGUGAAGCUCGACGACGACCUCCACCGAGCUGCGUGCGGGCGAUUGCAGAGUCUGGAAGAUCUGGAGCGCCUAUCAGACGUAGCUGCAGUUCGAAGCGAAUGGAGGCAGCUACUGGAUAUGACCUGCAAGUAG